AUGAAUAAAAAUAAAUGUUUGCAAUGUUCAGAGGCGAAAGGUCAGGGGAAGGCUGUUAAAUGUUCUCAGUGUGAGUUCUUUGCGCAUGCGAACUGCGUUUCAAUUCCUGAAGAGGUUUGCAACCUCUUGGAUUCCAGCACCAACCUCAGAUGGUUCUGUGAUAGAUGCUCAAGUCUAGGACCUAACAUUAAAAAGUUGACCAGCUCUGUAGAUUCUCUCAGAAAAGAUGUUUUCAACAAACUCAGCACAUUGAACGAUUUGAAUGCAAAUAUAAAGUCAGAGCUCGAGAAUAUCAACGCAGUAAUAGAAAGUAACAAAGAAAAGUUAAAUAAACUUGAGAGCUCUGAUGUUUUUCGUGGUGAAUUGAACACCUUGAAGAAUGAUAUGAAAGUAUCAUUUGCAGAUAUCGUCAGUCACGGGAUUAAAAGACACACUGAUGAUAUAAAGGCUGAAGUAAAAACAGUCCAAGCGACAAUAAAUGAUGCUAAACAAAUCAAAGAAAGAGAAAAUAAUCUAAUUAUGUUUCAUUUGCCUGAGAGUGGCAGUGAUCGGGUGGACGUCAUGAAAAUUCUGAAACACCUGUCUAAUAAUGUUGUUGAUGCUAACCUAGUUCAUCUAACUAGACUCGGAAAAAAUCAGACGAUCAUACUCGACCGCUGCUUUUGA